GCAGCCUUUCUUCUGGUGCCAUUUCCACUGAGCCAGGCGGAUGUUGGUGAGCGCUGUGGAUGCAGUAGUGCAAAAUUCAUCAGGGAACCAGGGGGUGUGAGAGUGUGGAUAAGAGAGGAGUGGAGUGGGGAGGACAGCAUCCCUCCACUUCAUCAUGGAUCUUUGGAGUAAAAAAGUCUGGGGAAUUAUUGCACAGGUUGCCCUGACACUUUUCAGCUUGUACAGCUGCCCAGCAAAAGCAGAGGCGUGUCACAGUCCGCUGGUGUCCGGUCUACUGCCGUCAUCCUUCAGAAGCUCCUCACAGUUGUCUAGCAGCCAUGGGCCCGGCUUUGCUAAGCUGAACAGGAGAGAUGGAGCUGGAGGUUGGUCGCCUCUGAGUUCAGACGGGUAUCAGUGGUUGGAAGUUGACCUGGGGGAGAGGACACAAAUCACGGCUGUUGCUACUCAAGGUCGCUACGGCAGCUCUGACUGGCAGACAGCCUACCUCCUGAUGUUCAGCGACACGGGACACAAUUGGAAACAGUAUCGACAGGAAGGCAGUAUAGGGGUCUUUCCAGGUAACAGCAAUGCAGACAGUGUGGUCCAGCACAAGCUCCAGCACACUGUGAUCGCCCGCUACGUCCGUCUGAUUCCUCUGGACUGGAAUCCCAAUGGUAGGAUUGGACUCAGGCUGGAGACAUAUGGAUGUCCUUACAUCUCAGACGUGGUGAGCUUCAAUGGCCACAGCAGCCUUCUCUACAGACUGGGUCCCAGGUCGAGGCAGAUAUCCAGUGGAAGCAUCUCCCUGUCAUUUAAAACCCUGAGGAACUCUGGGACUCUACUUCACGCACAGGGACAGAGCGAGCACAGCCUCACCCUGCGGCUAGAGAAAGGAAAUCUCCUGUUGUUGUUCAGAAAAGGCAGGAGUUUGUCUCCUGGGAGUCAGCACCUUGUGUCUCUGGGCAGCCUGUUGGACGACCAACACUGGCACCAUGUUGCAGUGGAGCACCACAGCGAUCACCUCAACUUCACCGUGGAUAAAAGCACACUGUGGGUGCAGAUUCCACCAAACUUCACCCACUGGGAUCAUGAUCAGAUGAGCGUAGGAGCAUUGCAAGCAGACCUUGGCUCUCAGAUGUCAUUCGGAUCGAAUCGAAAUUUUCACGGCUGUUUGGAAAACCUUGUUUACAAUGGCAUGAACCUGGUAGACCUCGCUAAACAUCGAGACCAGCGGGUUACUGUGAAGGGCGAUUUGACCUUUUCAUGCGUUGAACCCGUUUUUGUUGCCAUGACGUUCACUGGCCCCCAGAGCUUCCUGUGGUUGCCAGGAGGGACAGAUCCGUCAUCAGUGGGCAUGUCAGUGGGGCUUCAGUUUCGGACAUGGAACAAAGCGGGCCUGCUGCUGACCUUUGAUCUCCCAAAGCAAGGAGGCGCACUUUGGCUAUACCUGAGCAAAGCCAGACUGCAUGUACAGAUCCUCAAACCUGGCAGAGCAGCACUCGAACUCAGCACAGGUUCAGCUCUGAAUGACGGUCAGUGGCACUCUGUAGAUCUGAUCUCAGCACGAGGACGUCUGACCGUCACAGUGGACGGAGACGAAGGAGCCACUGCUCACGCCAGCCCCUCGUUUCUUAUCACCACGGGAGGUCGACUCUUUUUUGGUGGCUGCCCUGCUGACAGGGACGGCCACGAGUGCACGAACCCCUUCAAAGCUUUCCAGGGCUGCAUGCGCCUGCUAACGGUGGACGGCCAGCUGGUGGACUUGAUCAAGGUUCAGCAGAGGCUGAUGGGAAACCACAGUCACCUGCAGAUCGAUAUGUGCGGCAUCAUCGACAGGUGUUCUCCCAGUCACUGUGAACACGGAGGAAGCUGCAGUCAGUCAUGGACCACUUUCCACUGUAACUGUUCCAACACUGGCUACAGUGGGGCCACUUGUCACAGCUCAAUAUACGAGCAGUCCUGUGAGGCAUACAAACACAAAGGCAACACAUCGGGGUACUAUUACGUAGACGUGGACGGCAGCGGGCCCAUCAAGCCACAGCUAAUUUACUGUAAUAUGACAGAGGACAACACGUGGACUGUGAUCCAACACAACAACAGCGAGCUGACCAGAGUCCGAGCAUCACAGGGCAGGAAUCAGCAUUCUGCUCACUUUGAGUAUGCAUCGGAUGAGGAGCAGCUGGCGGCAAUCAUCAGCCAAUCAGAGCACUGCGAACAGGAGCUUGCCUACCACUGCAGGAAGUCACGCCUCCUCAACACGCCAGAGGGCUCUCCGCUCAGCUGGUGGGUUGGAGGCCCAGGUGUUGGCCAAGUGCAGACUUACUGGGGUGGUGCUCCACCAGGCAGUCAACAGUGUGCCUGCAGUCUGCAGGGGAACUGUGUGGACCCCAGACAUCUCUGCAACUGUGACGCAGACCGUGCUGAAUGGGCUAAUGACUCAGGCAUGUUGAGCCAUAAGGAGACACUCCCUGUCAGAUCUCUGGUACUGGGUGAUGUACAAAGGCCUGGCUCAGAAAGUGUCUACAGGGUGGGACCCCUCCAUUGCCAUGGAGACAGAAAUGCCUGGAAUGCUGCCUUCUUUGAUAAGGAGACAUCAUACCUCCACUUCCCCACAUUUCACGGAGAGCUGAGCGCAGACAUCUCUUUCCUCUUUAAAACUUCCUCAUCCUCUGGUGUCUUCCUGGAAAACUUGGGCAUCAAAGACUUCAUUCGGAUUGAACUCAGCUCCUCCACUGAGGUCCUCUUCUCCUUUGAUGUGGGUAACGGCCCGUUGGAGGUUCACGUGAAGGCUGGUUUCCCACUGAAUGACAACAGGUGGCAUCGCGUUCAAGCCGAGCGUAACGUUAAAGAGGCAUCACUUCGCCUCGAUGAGCUCCCCGCUGCCACACAGGAGGCUCCUGCUGAUGGGCACAUCCACCUGCAGCUGAACAGCCAGUUAUUUAUAGGAGGCACGGCUUCGAGGCAGAAGGGCUUUCGAGGUUGUAUUCGCUCUCUGCAGCUGAAUGGCGUCACCCUAGACCUGGAGGAGAGAGCAAAGAUCACCCCUGGCGUUCAGGCUGGAUGUCCAGGCCACUGCAGCAGCUAUGGUUCGCUGUGCCAGAACCAGGGUCGAUGUGUGGAGAGACCCAAGAGCUUUUCCUGUGACUGCACCUCAUCUGCUUACACCGGACCUUUCUGUGACAGAGAGGUUUCAGUCAGCUUCAAGCCGGGAACAUCCAUCAUCUACACUUUCCAGGAGCAGAUGGCGAGCGAGCAGAAUAAGAGCAGCAGCGCCCUUCCGUCCUCCAUCUACUCUGACAUGACCCUAAGAGCAGAGAAUAUCUCCCUGAGCUUCAGGACCGGCCAGAGUCCCGCUCUCCUCCUUUAUGUUGGCUCCUACCACAGGGAGUACUUGGCUCUGCUGCUCAACAAGCAAGACGUUCUGGAGGUGAGGUACAGACUGGACAGCAGCAAAGACGCAGAGAUCCUGAGGAGCAGCGUGCCAAACCUUGCCAACAGACAGCUACAUGUUGUUACUAUAAGCAGACUGGCAGAGGCUGUCUCUGUGCAGAUUGACCACAAUGCCAAAGAGGACUUCAACCUGACAUCUGAUGUAGACUUCAAUGGUGUAAGGUCGCUGGUUCUUGGCAGAGUGCACAGCUUUGAUGAGUUGGAUGCAGAGCUGGCUCGGAUGGCUUCUGUAGGUUUCACCGGGUGUAUGUCCGCUGUCCUCUUUAACUCCAUCAGCCCUCUGAAAGCUGCUCUGCUCCGCCCAAACACCAGCCCUGUCAUCAUCACUGGCCCUCUGAUCCGGUCCAUCUGCAGCUCCACUUCAGCCAAGGCUUAUGAAGCAGAAACAACACACCACCUAUCAGGUCAGUCUGGAUCAGUGGGAACAGGUCAGCCUUUAGUGAAUGCUAUCAGGAGUGACUCAGCUCUCAUCGGAGGUGUAAUAGCUGUGGUGAUCUUUGUGACCGUGACUGCAUUAGCUGUAACAGCUCGACUGCUCUACAGGAGGAAAGGGACAUGUGAGACUCGAGAGGUAAAAACGGUUAAACCUGAAGACAGCCCGGAGCUGCCAUUCAGCAGCCAGAGCAGCUCACAGGAUGGUCCCUCUGGGAACCAGAAGGAAUAUUUUAUUUAGGUGGAGGAUGGACUUGCUGCUGACAUGGCAGUGUUGGAGCUGGGGAGACGUGCAGCCAGAGACGUGUUGUCAAGCCUCAGCACUUUACGCUACAAACUGAGUCCAAACCGUGGCUGAACAAGACAGGAGCACAAACAGAACCACACACUCAUGUUCUGUAUUUGUUUUUGCAUCUGUGGUUGUUUUUAUACAGACUGUAUAAAGAUGCCAAAGUGUUCAAUUUAUAAUGUGCCAAUAAUGUCAGUAAAACAACUGUAAACAGAUAAUGUUGUAAAUCUUAAAGUUAUGGCUUUAUAUAAACCAGUCUUUUCUCUGUCUUAUUCAAAUGAUUAAAGGAGGAAUUGUGUAUUUUUCACUGAACUCAAAGCUGCCUUGUCUGAUGAUCUGGGAUUAUAUAGAUAGUGAAAGUUUGCUGUUGAGUUAAUAAACCUUGUUAAUCCGUUCAGGUUCAUUUAUACCCUAUUUAUGUCAGUAACAUAAUCCUGAUGUUUUAUGUAAACCAGACAUUCCUUUGUUCUCUCAUUGCUUUUGUUUAUUUGUUUUCUCUUUUUCUCGUUUUUGCUACUGCUGUGUGAACUGAGGGAGAGCAACACGUAUCUGUUCACACUGAACGGUCUUUCUAUUCAUUCCCUUAAUUUAUUUCUCCCUCUUUACAACUAGUAAUGACUAGUAAAGUAUUAAACACAGUUACUGCCAAUUGCAAAAACAGCUCUGCUCCCAAUAUGAUUUAAAUUAAAAGUCUUCUGUUAAAUUUCAGAUUACAGUUUACCUUCUUGGAAAUUCCUGCAGCUUUUUACCAGUCAAACAAGCAGUAGGGCGUGCAGUAUGUGGAUGUUAUGAUGGGCUGGUGAGCAGAGUACCUUAUAAUGAAAUUCAGUAUGGUGAGCAAAGGUUUGUACAGUUUUAGUAACACAGUUCUGUUCAGUGAAAAUAAAAUCUCUUUCUCUUGUGGGUUUAUCUUUCA